ACAGACAAUCACAGACCCAUGGAGAAUAAAAAAGAUCCUAACCCGUUCGUGCUCGCGCGUUGGUGAAUACAGUCUAUUCAACGUUGUAUAGGAUGGAUAGUCGGUUCUCGUCGAACUGCAUGAUUUAUGUAUAAAGUUAUAAUAAUUGGUGUUACCUUUCCACUAAACAUUGACGAGGUUUAUAUUCGAGGGAAAAAAAAUUCAGCGUAAGAUGUGGGAACGGCCUUGAUACAUACUCAAUAAUACACAAAGGGACAUAACGUCACGGGAGAAACACACGACACGAUUCCUCCGUCGAUUCAGUAAACGAAUACGAUAUGGGGGAUCAGCAACACCAGCAACAGUUGCCACCUGGUUUCAAGCGAAUGUCCCUGGACAAAAUAAUAGAAGCAAUGACGGCAGAUCUGGAAAACUCGGCAGGCCAUUAUGUACAAUUUGGUAUGUCUCCACAACAAUCAUCGAGUCAGAGUUGGGGUGACUACUCCAACACACAAAGGCAGCAUUUCCUGAGCAAUCCAACAAUGACACAAAAUGCAACUGACUCUCAGAGUGGUGUUAUCAAUUCAAUGUCAUCUCCAAUUUACAUGCAGGAUGUUGCGUCUUUUGAGGCAAACAGAACCGAACCCAUGUAUUUUCCGCCACAAGCGGUCAAUCAUUUGGGGAUCAAUGAGAAAAACGAUUUGGUGGGAACGAUAGAUGUUGGAGGUGGGAAUUAUAUCGAUGUCAUUUAUGGAAACGCAUCACAAAUCGUCGCAGAACAGCGUCAACUGAAUGGGCUAACAUCUUACGCAAAUCAAGGAAUGAUCGAUCGGGAAUAUGGCUUAUUCGGUGAUCAACAGCAGUUACCAAUGCAUCAUAACAAAAUGACUAAUCAGAAUGCUAACGGUAAACAGUUGAUUGACAAUCUUGUUGGGAAUUGGGCACCCAAUCAAUCGGGAACUUACAGCCCAUUUGGUGGAUCGCCCAAUGUCACUCCGGUGCCACAAUCCAACCCAAGAGUCAAUGAAGCAACAGAAAUAUUACCCAGGACUUUACCGGAUACCCAACAGAAAAAGCCAAGAAUGAUAGCUGAAGUAAAGCCGAUGCGACCUUCAUACUCAGAUGUACUAACAAAAUCUCCUCCCUUACCCAUUUCACCCAUAACUGGCAUUCCCGUUAAACCACAAUUAGACACUUCAACACAAAAAAAGUUGACAAAUAAAAGUGGAAAAAAUAAGAGCAAACCUGUACUGUUGAAGCGACAAAAUUCGUCCGGCAGUGAUGACCAUGGUUCACCAAAGAUUCAGUUACCCAAGAGAGCUUUCGAAAGAAACAACUCGAAUCUCCCUCGACGCUGGGUCUCUCUUGAUAAUCUCACUUCGCAGCUCGAAUCUCAUGAAAUCAAUCCGUUCAAUAGAUCUGACAAUUUUGAAAAGAAAAAGAAUACAAAACCAACGAAAAAGUGUGAAAGAACAGCAGAGGCAUUGAACAAUUGUAAACUCCAAAAUGGCAACUCUAAAAGCGGUACGAAUCCACAGAAACGUCCCAUACAGAUCAAUAAUAAUUUGAAUAAUAUCAACAGUUUUAAUCAAUCAACCUCUAACGACAAAAUUGGUAAAAAUCAACACGCCAAUAACAAGAUUAACAAGGAUGAGAAAAAAACUCUCAAAGAAAAAACGUCGAAAAGAUUUCAUGCAGAAAAGGCUCAACAGAUUAAGAAAGGACAGAAAAAUCGUAAUCGCGAUAACAGAGAAUCACCGGUUAAAGACUUGUGUCGUCAUUUAAAUAAGUAUGUGAGUCGUUGGAGCAAAUUUGGUCUAAAAAUGUUCUACUGGCUCCUCCAUCUCAUAUCCGAUGUGGUGAGCAUGAGCACGAACCUCGUUGUCCAAUUUGGCAAAGGUGUAUGGUACCACACUGUAUUAUAUACAAAAUACUCUUGGACGUACGUGGCAACAACAUUCUCGAAGAUACAAUUUUUAAAUACGUUUGGCAAACGUAUAGACGAUUGGUUUGGCAACAGUAAAUUUGCAUUUUGGCGAAAAAUGAGGGCAAAAAAAAACGAAAACAACGAAGAGCACCGAAGUUGGAUGCAUGGUGGAUUAGAAACAAAUAUUGCACUACCCAGUACCGGUGAAGAAGCUAUGAAACGUUUGCUCGCUUGUAAAGGCAAAGAUCCUUACAGUAUCCUCGGUGUAACACCCACAUGCUCCGACGAUGACAUUAAAAAAUAUUACAAGCGUCAAGCUUUCUUAGUGCAUCCAGACAAAAAUAGUCAACCCGGGGCUGAAGAAGCUUUUAAAAUAUUGGUUCAUGCUUUUGACAUCAUCGGAGAACCCGAACGUAGAAAAGCAUUUGAUCAGGUAUGGCAGGUUGAAGCGGCCUGGGGUGAAAUGAGCGGUUUGCUAAGCCAGCUGCACAGAAAGAUGGAACAAGCAGCAAAUACGAUAAGAUGUACAAAUUGUGGACUCAGGCAUAAACGCGUACCAACUCCGAGACCGUGCUACGCGGCACGUUUCUGUGCUCAGUGUAAAAUACGUCAUAGCGCCAAGGAGGGUGACAUUUGGGCGGAAUCGCGGAUAAUGGGAUUUCUCUGGCACUACUACGCAUGUAUGGAAGGAGCUGUGUAUGACGUUACAGAAUGGGCUGCUUGUCAGGCUGGUAAUCUGAAACACCUUCGUGCUAAUACGCAUAGCGUUCAAUACAGGAUCGUAUCGGGGCAACGUCCACCGUCCCAACCUUCGGGCGGUGGUAAAAGAAGACAACAAAAUGACCCAAGUACAAGCGAGGCUGAUCUCGAAGACUUCUUGAAUAAUCUAUAUAACCACAGCAAAUCUGGAACUGCCGGCUCAACGGGGGAACAGACGAACGCAAAAAGUGAGAAUCGACGGCGAAAAGCGAAGCGCAAGUAGACUGUUUUCGUGAAAAAACGAAAGGGAAAUUCGUUUUUUUCUCGACAAAUCCCUUAGCGAUGCACUUUGUGUAAUUAUUCAUCAAUAUGCAAGCUUUGAUGAUCGCCCCCUAUCUCUUUUGUCGUUAUCCGUCUGUCUCUUAUUUUCUUUCAUUUUGUUUUUUAAAAAAUGUUUUAUGCGAUAUUGCCCGUAUAAUAAGAUACUGCUUACGAUAUAAAAAUAUCGUAGUCUCGACGAAAAAUAAUGUAUAAUCCGGGAAACAUUCCCGUUUAAAAGUGAAGAGUAAUUAAAAGAAAAAACAAGCGAAUUUUGAUUCUGCAAAAGAAUAAAGCUGUGAUUUUUUUGUAUUCAUA